AUGGUGAGAAUUGUGCAGAUUCAUGGGAUACUAAACGCGGUGAGCUGGGGGAUUUUGUUUCCUAUAGGAGCAAUAAUAGCUAGGUAUAUGAGAAUAUUUGAAUCUGCAGAUCCGGCUUGGUUUUACCUCCAUGUGUCUUGUCAGUUCUCGGCUUAUGUCAUCGGUGUUGCCGGUUGGGGUACCGGACUCAAGCUCGGCAGCGAGUCUGAGGGUAUUCGCUUCACCGGCCAUCGUAACAUUGGCAUUGCCCUCUUCGCCCUUGCCACCAUUCAGAUGUUUGCGAUGUUGUUGCGGCCAAAGAAAGAUCACAAGUACAGAUUCUAUUGGAAUAUCUACCACCAUGGAGUCGGCUACGCAAUCCUCAUCCUUGGGAUCAUUAAUGUCUUUAAAGGUCUCAACAUCUUGAACCCACAAGACACGUACAAGACGGCUUACAUUGCAGUGAUAGCAAUUCUUGGAGGCAUUGCUUUGCUCUUGGAAGCC